AUGUUGAGAAAUAAGAUUAAGCUGCUGCAAUGCGUGUCGUCUUUUAUACUCGCCGUCGUCUCCGUCAAUUCCUCGACCACUCCCCUCGUCGGAGUUCAUCCAUUAGCAGAUGAAAAAUACUUCGAGUCAGACAUAAUCAGAUGCAAAGAUGGUUCCAAAUCAUUCCCUAAAGACCGUCUCAACGACAACUUCUGCGAUUGUCUCGACGGCACUGAUGAGCCUGGAACUUCGGCAUGUCCGAACGGAAAAUUCUACUGUCGGAACAAAGGAAGUUCUCCAAAGUUUGUUUACUCUUCUCGUGUGAAUGAUCGAAUCUGUGAUUGUUGCGAUGGAAGUGACGAGUAUGAGAGUAGCAUUACUUGUCCCAACACGUGUAUAAUGGGUGGUAACGUUAACUACAUUUACAAACCUAGACCCGAACGUAAAUCGAAUGAUAGGCAACUUGGUUCUGUAACUACCGAUCCAAGUAGUUCGAUUACUAUAGCGAAUCUUCAAGACAUGGUCAAGAAUCUCCAAGGUAUGAAACUUGUCUUCGCACUUCAGUUUGUGUUGAUUGGUUUCUUGGUGAUCUUAUGGAUGCUUAGGCGUCGUGUUCGGUCUGCUAAGAGAAGAAGAUAUCUGCUGAAGAGUGUACAUCCCAAUAGAUCAGCUAACUAA